UCCAAGGAGAUGGCUGCCACCAUGAUCUUGUCUUGGAUGGUAAUAAUAAGUCUUCAAAUUCAGGUGGAUGCAGUGUCUGUAUUUUGGACGUCAGAAGCUUCUACAACAGACAAAAGAACAAAUACAGCUCCCCCAACACCACGUGAGACCACUAUUUUUCCAGUCAUAGCUGAUGAGCUGUUGCUGCAGCUGACUGGUGGGCCGAACAGAUGUGCAGGCAAUGUGGAAGUCUUCUUUUUUGGAAGCUGGACUAAAGUCUGCGGGUACCUGUGGGACAUGCAAGAUGCGCAGGUUGUGUGCAGGCAGCUUGGCUGUGGCUCGCCUCUUGGUGUGAUGUACUCUUUCCCUUCAUCCAACUGGAACCCAUACGUGAUGACAGAGGUGAACUGUGCGGGCUCUGAAGACUAUUUGUGGUAUUGCCCUUACAAGGAAGAGUACUAUGGCUGUUAUCAAAGGGAUGCUUCUGUCAUAUGUUCAGACUCAGGAAUAACAGUGCCUCUGCAAACAGGGACACAUGCACCCAGCUUGACUCCUCCCAUGCCAUCAAUCACAGGCGCUGGCUCCUGUGGUGGCUUGCUUGAGGGUUUGUCCGGCUCAAUCCAGAGCCCGGGAUACCCCAACCCCUACCCCAACAACGCCCGCUGCGUGUGGCACAUAAGGCUGUGGGAUCCGGAUCGCAGAGUCGAGCUCCAGUUUCUGGAUGUCCAGCUGGAAGGCGGCAGCUGCCAGUACGACGCCAUCGAGGUGUACGACGGUGGGUCCCUUGGGAGCCCGCUCCUGGGGAACAUUUGCAGCAACAGCCACAGUGUCUUCAAUUCAUCCGGGCCCCAGCUGACCAUCCUGUUUCGCAGCGAUGGCUCUGUCACCCAGAGAGGCUUCCAAGCCUACUACUCCUCGUUUCUCGCCCAAAACAGCACCCCAGGCGCUGGCUCCUGUGGUGGCUUGCUUGAGGGUUUGUCCGGCUCAAUCCAGAGCCCGGGAUACCCCAACCCCUACCCCAACAACGCCCGCUGCGUGUGGCACAUAAGGCUGUGGGAUCCGGAUCGCAGAGUCGAGCUCCAGUUUCUGGAUGUCCAGCUGGAAGGCGGCAGCUGCCAGUACGACGCCAUCGAGGUGUACGACGGUGGGUCCCUUGGGAGCCCGCUCCUGGGGAACGUUUGCAGCAACAGCCACAGUGUCUUCAAUUCAUCCGGGCCCCAGCUGACCAUCCUGUUUCGCAGCGAUGGCUCUGUCACCCAGAGAGGCUUCCAAGCCUACUACUCCUCGUUUCUCGCCCAAAACAGCACCCCAGGCGCUGGCUCCUGUGGUGGCUUGCUUGAGGGUUUGUCCGGCUCAAUCCAGAGCCCGGGAUACCCCAACCCCUACCCCAACAACGCCCGCUGCGUGUGGCACAUAAGGCUGUGGGAUCCGGAUCGCAGAGUCGAGCUCCAGUUUCUGGAUGUCCAGCUGGAAGGCGGCAGCUGCCAGUACGACGCCAUCGAGGUGUACGACGGUGGGUCCCUUGGGAGCCCGCUCCUGGGGAACGUUUGCAGCAACAGCCACAGUGUCUUCAAUUCAUCCGGGCCCCAGCUGACCAUCCUGUUUCGCAGCGAUGGCUCUGUCACCCAGAGAGGCUUCCAAGCCUACUACUCCUCGUUUCUCGCCCAAAACAGCACCCCAGGCGCUGGCUCCUGUGGUGGCUUGCUUGAGGGUUUGUCCGGCUCAAUCCAGAGCCCGGGAUACCCCAACCCCUACCCCAACAACGCCCGCUGCGUGUGGCACAUAAGGCUGUGGGAUCCGGAUCGCAGAGUCGAGCUCCAGUUUCUGGAUGUCCAGCUGGAAGGCGGCAGCUGCCAGUACGACGCCAUCGAGGUGUACGACGGUGGGUCCCUUGGGAGCCCGCUCCUGGGGAACGUUUGCAGCAACAGCCACAGUGUCUUCAAUUCAUCCGGGCCCCAGCUGACCAUCCUGUUUCGCAGCGAUGGCUCUGUCACCCAGAGAGGCUUCCAAGCCUACUACUCCUCGUUUCUCGCCCAAAACAGCACCCCAGGCGCUGGCUCCUGUGGUGGCUUGCUUGAGGGUUUGUCCGGCUCAAUCCAGAGCCCGGGAUACCCCAACCCCUACCCCAACAACGCCCGCUGCGUGUGGCACAUAAGGCUGUGGGAUCCGGAUCGCAGAGUCGAGCUCCAGUUUCUGGAUGUCCAGCUGGAAGGCGGCAGCUGCCAGUACGACGCCAUCGAGGUGUACGACGGUGGGUCCCUUGGGAGCCCGCUCCUGGGGAACGUUUGCAGCAACAGCCACAGUGUCUUCAAUUCAUCCGGGCCCCAGCUGACCAUCCUGUUUCGCAGCGAUGGCUCUGUCACCCAGAGAGGCUUCCAAGCCUACUACUCCUCGUUUCUCGCCCAAAACAGCACCCCAGAAGAUUAUUCUUGUGGUGGCUUGCUUUCUUCUCCAUCUGGCACAUUACAGAGUCCAUUUUACCCCAAAAAUUAUCCAAACAAUGCCAACUGUGUUUGGGAAAUAGAAGUAAAAAGCAACUUUCGCAUCACUCUCACAUUUAGAGAUGUUCAGAUGGAAGGUGGCAGAUGCCUGUCUGACUAUGUGGAAGUCUACGAUGGGCCACUUUAUACGUCUCCUCUCCUUGGGAAAUUUUGUUCUGGUUCUUUUCGCACAUACACAUCUUCCUCAAACCUGUUGACUGUCCGAUUUUACAGUAACUCUCAAUAUACGUACAGAGGUUUUCAGGCUGAUUAUUAUUCCACUCUGGCAGAUCAGAGCACUACACUGUCGUGUUUGUCAGACUACAUGCAUGCAGUGGUGAGCAGAUACUACCUUCAGUCAUAUGGCUACUCUCCUUGGCGUCUCUCCUUGAAUGACCCCUAUUGCAAACCCAACAUUACAUCAGAGUAUGUUAUAUUCGACAUACCGUACACUGGCUGCGGCACAGUGAGAGAGGGAAACAACAAUACAAUAAUCUAUUCCAACAUUAUUAGAGGAUCUUCUUCUGGUACUCUGAUCACAAGAAAUAGAACACUUCGCUUGCAUAUCAACUGCAAAAUGCUCCAGAACACAUGGGCACAAAGAAUGUAUGUUGCAGAGGACAAUUUUGAAGUCAAUGAAACUCAGUAUGGCAGAUAUGAUGUAAACCUUACAUUUUAUCAUUCUGCAUCCUUCUUAUGGCCAGUGAAUGAGUCACCAUACUGUGUUGAUAUCAACCAGAAUUUGUUCCUUGAAGCUUACCUGCACAGCUCUGACUCAAACCUGGUAUUGUUUCUGGACACAUGUGUGGCAUCCCCCACUCCCCACAAUUUUACGACAGUAACCUAUGAUAUAAUCAGGAAUGGGUGUGCUCAAGAUUCGACCUACACUACAUAUUAUUCACCCUACAAACACAUGGUCCGGUUUAAAUUCAGUGCCUUCCAGUUUGUUCAUAACAAUCCAUUGGUUUACGUGCAGUGUGAGCUAGUGGUGUGCAGGGCCUAUGACUAUUCUUCCAGAUGCUACCAAGGUUGUAUUAGUAGGUCCAAGAGAGAGGCAAGCUCUGGCCAAGAAAGUGUGACUGUUGUUGCUGGCCCAGUACAGCUUCGGGGAGCUGGUGCUAAGAAUGGAAAUGCAUGUGAUUUUAAAUAAAACUUUGUCUCCUUUCACAGAUAGCAUCUUUAAAUGCCAGCUUUAUUCUGUAUGAAACUAUGCUGCUGCUGGAUUACCAGCAGCUCUACAAUAAACAUUAGGAAUAU